AUGGAGAUUUCUUCCCACCAGUUUCACCUCUUGCAGCAACUAAAUGAGCAGCGCAGGCAGGACUUGUUCUGUGACUGCAACAUCCUGGUGGAGGGCAAGGUCUUCAAAGCCCAUCGCAAUGUGUUGUUUGCCAGCAGUGGCUACUUCAAAAUGCUCCUUUCGCAGAGCUCGAAGGAGACGAGUCAGUCCACGACAGCCACUUUCCAGGCCUUUUCUCCUGACACCUUCACAGUUAUCCUAGAUUUUGUGUAUUCAGGCAAACUGUCCCUCACUGGUCAGAAUGUCAUCGAAGUCAUGUCAGCUGCCAGCUAUCUGCAGAUGACAGAUGUGAUCAGCGUGUGUAAAACCUUCAUAAAGUCGUCGCUGGACAUCAGUGAGAAGGAGAAGGAUCGCUACUUCAGCCUGUCAGACAAAGAUGUGAGUUCCAACGGCGUGGACCGAUCCUGUGUGUACAGUGGAGGGUGGAGGGCAGAGAGCAGCCCCCCACAAUCCCACUCCAGCCCAGACCCUGGGACUUGUAUGAUGGGCGGGAACACUUGGAGCAAUUUCAACUAUUACCCCACCUCUCAAAGAAAUGCCCAGCAGCAGCUGUCCAAACACGAGCAGAGGCAGGAUUCCAUCAAGAAAUCCCGGCACUUGGGGCUGCAGCAACCUUCAGACAUCCCCCACUAUAAAUCAAGCAAGCUGGAGGACAGGGCUGCCGAGCCCGCCGGCCACGCUGCGCCGGCCGAGGAGCAAGUUCACAUUGAUCCCGAGGUUGAAGCUCCUCAUGUGGGUUACCAGUUUGGCCAAGGGGCUGAGGUGAUGCCCAGGGAUGACCUGGCCAGGAUGAGGUUCAAAUGUCCAUUCUGCAGCCACGUGGUGAAGAGAAAAGCUGACCUCAAGCGUCACCUUCGCUGUCACACGGGGGAGAGGCCGUACCCCUGCGAGGCCUGUGGGAAGAGAUUCAGCAGGCUGGAUCACCUCAGCAGCCAUUUUCGAACUAUCCACCAGGCGUGCAAGCCCAUCUGCAGGAAAUGCAAGCGCCACGUGACGGAGCUGACGGGACAAGUUGUGCAGGAGGGGACCCGGCGCUACAGACUCUGCAACGAGUGCCUGGCUGAGGCUGGCAUUGACAGCAUCCGCAUUGACUUGGAGGCUGAGGCACCUCUGGAAUUCCCACAGGAUGGGGACAAGGAUUCCAGGUGGCACUACGGGGAGGACAACAGAUCUGACGUGGAAAUCGUGGAGGACGGCUCGACCGACUUGGUCAUCCAGCAAGUGGAUGACAGCGAGGAUGAAGCAGAGGAGAAGGAAGUGAAACCAAAUAUUAGGUAG